CAUCGUUCCAGCAGUUCUCACGAAAAGGUGAAGAAGAAUUUGCAGCUGUACGACAUGAUCGAUACGGAAAUUGAAAAGUGCUGCCAGUUCGACCAGUUCCUUGAAAAGCUCGACGCGCAGCAAAAGAGCCCGGUGACACCAAUAAAGGAAUGUAAAUUUACAAGAAAGGCUCACUCGGCACCGAAUUCACCUCUGCCAAGAACCGACAUGAUAUCUGAACUUCAGUUUUCGACAUCUGAAGAAAGAAGGACUGGCUUUUCGCAACUCGGUUGCCCGAACUUUCUUGGUUUCAUGCUGGAAGUGAAGGAGGAAAAAGAAGCCGGCAGCGCCAAUCUGGUCGCCAUCGAAAACCAUAUGAAUUACGUCUCCUCGCCGGUAUUUUGGCCCAAGAGGCGUUCGCAAGUCGUAUGA